AUGACUUCAAGUACACCCCAUAUCGAAGAGACAGGCGUGAUAAUAUGCGGCGGAGGUCCCACGGGCGUUGUACUUUCAGCGCUCCUUGGAGAAAUGGAAGUACCCAGCGUUGUGCUAGAGAGGGAGAAAGACAUCACCACUGACCCCAGAGGAAUUGCGUUGGAUGAGGAUGGAAUCCGGAUACUGCAGUCGAUUGGGAUCUAUGACAAGAUCUAUACAGAGAUCGGGACCUGUAUGGAGAUCUUCAACUUUGUCACAGGUAGCGAAACAAACUUGUACAAGAAGCCGCUCCUGACGAUGGACUACACAACCACCGAAGGUGGCACCGGCCACGUUGGAUUCAUCUGCCACAAACAGCCUGCAAUGGAGAAAGCAAUCAGAGAUAAGAUUCAGAAGUUACCGUCGUGUCAGAUCCGCACAGAAUCGACAGUGACAGGUAUAUCUGAGGACGACAAGCGGGUGACGGUCGAGUAUACAGAUGCACAUGGAAAGACACACAAGCUCUCGGCGCCAUUCCUCGUCGGCGCAGACGGGAAGACAGGCUACGUCCGCAAGAGAUAUCUUGAACCCAAAGGUGUCGCUAUGGAGAAGUGCAAAGAAUCUGACUACGACGAGACUUGGGUAGCGCUAAACUGGGAGAUCUCCUUGCCAACACAAAAGACACACCCUGACUUCCCUCUCUGGCGGUUAGGAUAUACGCCCGAACAAGUCUAUGAUCUCUUCUUCCCCAAGCAGUUCCGGUUCCUGUGUAACCACAAGCGACCUUCAGUUUGCGGGCGGUUCGGCCUAAAGACGGAUCGAUUGUGGAGAUUCGAGUUCGUCAUAUUACCGGGAGAAGAUGGUCACAAGAUGGCGACGCCGGAAGAGACGAGUAAAAUCAUCUACCCUUACAUCACGCACCCUGGUAGCUGGUACGGCUUGGAGCAACCUGUGAGGUUUCCUGAGGACUGCAUCAAGACACUGCGGUCGCGGCCUUUCUCCUUCGUGGCCCGAAGCUGCAACAAAUGGUCCAUGGGACGCGUGAUCUUAGCAGGAGACGCAGCUCACGUUUUCCCUCCAUUUGGUGGCCAAGGCAUUGCCUCCGGAUUUCGAGACGCAUCCGCACUGGCCUGGCGUCUGGCCUUGCUUCACCGGCGUCCUACAAUCAACCAUGAGGCGGUCCUCACGGCAUGGUAUAGCGAGCGCAAACAGCAGCUCGAACGGUCUCUAGCUGCGACCAUUCAGAAUGGCGCCUAUGUGACCGAAUCAGACCCGAUCAAAGUGUUCAUUCGAGAGUGGUAUAUGUGGGCGAUUCAGCUUGUUCCCAGUUGGAAGCGAGAACUGCAGAAGGGAGCCCGAGCACAGGGCAUGACUCGAUAUCGAUAUACCCCAGGACUGGCAUUCCUCGCAGAUUCGGUAGGCGGCCUGCUCUUGCCACAAGUGUACGCCUUCAACUUGCGAACCAACAAGGUCGCAUUCACCGACGAUUUGAUCUUCUCAGAACACAAGACUGGGUUGUUCCAACUGCUUGUCUUACCAGAUCAAGCCGCAGAAGUGGAAUCACUCACGCAGGGCCUCGAACACAUUAACGGUCUGUCUGAUGGCUUGCUCCUCGCCGAGGAAGCGACCGUCAUCAUCCAAUCGACGAAAGUGUCAAUGUCGGCCGAAGACGUGCCAAUUCGGCAACAAUUAGCCCGCAUUGCAGGCGGCGACGAGUUUGCGGCCGAUCCUGUUCUCUGCAAGAACCGACCACCUCCAAUAGGCUACGACGAAUUGCGCCUGCGGAAGGAAGUGGGAGGGAGAAAGUACGUGAUCCUGAGACCAGACCGGUUCGUGUUUGCAGCUUGUGAUACCUUGGCCGAGUUGGAAGAAACCGCGUCCAAGCUGUCCGGUGCGUUGCAUAUUUGUUGA